AAUUGCAGCUACCUGCUCACGCAGCUUCAAACGAGCUAUUCAUGGCUCGCAACACAUAGCAAACUACACAAACUCCAAGAAGACGAUAAAUGCGAGUGUGGGGCUAUAGAAAUAGUAAUUCAUGUUCUGAUUGACUGCCCCAAAUUGAGGGUCCCACGACAAGAGCUACGGAGGAAGAUUGGGACUGCAUUCAAUGAUAUUUCAAAUAUGCUGGGAGGAAGGUUUCAAGGUAAGAAAGGUAAAGAGAAUGAUAUGCAAGGCGGUAGCAUCAUCGGCAUCACAGAGAUUUCAAAGCCGCGCGUCAUAGGGCCGCUUAACACAACGCCAGGCACUAAGGCCAUCACAGGCCGUGACGAGGCUCUAAAUUCGUCG